UUCAAAUCAAGGCGGGAUCCAGUACCGUCAGAAUGACGCAGAGCUAAUCUCAUCCAGCUAGCGAUAUGACCAUCUGUUAUAACGUCUCAAAGUAAUAAAUAGAUCUAAAUCAACUGCAGAAUGGAUUCUGAAACCGGACACAAUGUAAAAUCAGAUCACGAUGGCGAUAAAACUUUUAAAUUUACACCACAAAGAGGUGGAAGUUUGCUCGCUACAAGAAGAAGGACACUUCACUCAGGAUGUAAGAAAGUCAACUCCAGCUUUAAAUCUCCUGUUCAGGUUUCCAGCACACUGAAUAACGGAGUGUGUGUUGAGGAGGAGGUCAAAGAACUACAGAACACACUACUGAAGCUGGAGUCUGACAUCAAACUGCUGGAAAACGAAGGAGUGUGUGUGCACGAGCUCGAUCUCCACAUUAACCUGCUGCAUGAAUAUAACGACAUCAAGGACAUCGCACAGACUCUUCUAGGCAGACUGGCCGGCCUGCGCAGUGUCACCACACGCGACUUGUACGCUCGGUUCGGCAUGGAGCUGGACGACUGAUUGGCUGAACUGUGCUGUGGGAGGACAGACCAUGGUGUUCCCACUGACGGGUGACUCUGGAGUGCAAACCUUUCAUUCUCACUUCCACAGUCUCACUCAGCGAGUUACUCCACCAGCAAAGCUCCUUAAGAGCUCUUCUUACCGAGUGACUGAGUGGUACGAGGAAGCGGAGUCACUAAUACACCCUGAAGUGCAAAAAUCUGUUUAUUAUCAGUUGAGCAUCUGCUUUAGACGUCUCGGUGAAUUAGCUGUUGUUGUAGAUAUAAUAAUGUAUUAAUAUAAACCUGCAUUUUAUCAGUAAUCACCUGAACAGUGUAAAACGUCAACGUGUAAAAGUCACCGUUUAAACUGUUAGAGUUUAACUGUAAAAUGUUCCAGUGUUUGUUCUGUCUGAAAUAAAAAUAAUAGACUUUUUGUUCA